AUGCCUCCUCAGCCUGAAUCUCGAGUUCCCCACCACAUGCCCGUCCACUCCAACUACCCCCCGACGGGGCCGGCAUACCCUUCCCAACCGCCCCAUCCCAUGCACCACCACCAUCCCCAGCGCCAUGCCUCCAACGGACCUCCUCCGCCAAUGCCUGUCGGUGGACCGCCCCCACCAAUGUCAGUAGGCGGACCUCCUCCAUCGAACAUGGGCCCUCCUCCCGAUGCCGGCGGUCCCCCGCCAGCCCCGGUCUCGAACGGCCACCACGGUGGAACGCCCGGUCCCGUUCACCAAGUGCCGCGCCCUGGUCGGGAGAAGUUUGACGGUCUUAUGAACCAGCUGGCGCAGGCCAACGAGAACACUUGGAUGCUGAUCGGAGCCGUUUCGGAACAGAUGAACGACCAGGAUAGGGCGCUGGCCGCGUUCGAGAACGCUCUGCGUCAUAACCCGAAUUCGAUCCUUGGCCUGAACGCUGUCGCAGACAUCGCCCGCAGCCGAGACAACUUUGACAAGGCGAUCGAGUACUUCCAGCGAAUCCUCAACAUCAAGCAGGACAAUGGCGAUGUCUGGGGAUCGAUGGGUCACUGUCUCCUCAUGAAGGACGACCUGCCCAAGGCUUACACUGCCUACCAGCAGGCGCUGCACUAUCUUCCGAACCCGAAGGAGCCCAAGCUGUGGUACGGCAUCGGUAUAUUGUACGAUCGCUACGGCUCGUUUGAGCACGCUGAGGAGGCGUUCAGCUCGGUGCUCAAGAUGGACCCGGACUUUGAGAAGGCCAACGAGAUCUACUUUAGGCUCGGCAUCAUAUACAAGCACCAGCGCAAGUACUCGGCGUCCCUGGACUGCUUCCGCUACAUCAUCAACAACCCUCCUCGUCCUCUGACUUCCUGGGAUAUCUGGUUCCAGCUCGGCCACGUUUACGAGUUAAACGGCGACUUUACCGCGGCUCGCGACGCCUACCUCCGUGUCCUCGACCACCAGCCCGACCACGCCAAGGUCUUACAGCAGCUCGGCUGGCUGUACCACCAGCCCGGCGCGUCGUUUGCGAACCAGGAGCAGGCCGUCAACUACCUGACGAAGAGUCUGGAGACGGACGCUGCCGACGCUCAGAGCUGGUACCUUUUGGGCCGUGCGCUCAUGGCCGGACAGCGCUACAACAAGGCGUACGAGGCUUAUCAGCAAGCCGUGUACCGCGAGGGCCGCAACCCUUCCUUCUGGUGCUCGAUCGGUGUCCUCUACUUCCAGAUCAACCAGUUCCGUGACGCUUUAGACGCCUAUUCGCGCGCGAUCCGCCUCAACCCCUACAUGUGGCAAGUGUGGUAUAACCUGGGAAGCCUUUAUGAGUCGUGCAACAACCAGAUCACCGACGCGAUCGACGCCUACUCCCGAGCUGCGGAGCUGGAGCCUCACAACGAGCAGAUCGCCCACCGCCUGCAGCUUCUCCAGCGCAACGGCGGAAGCAAUGCGCCGCUUCCUCCCCCUCCUGCGCCCGUUGACGUCCACCCGUCACAGUACAACUCGCACCCGAGCGGCGGCGGUGCGCCCGGCGCCGCUCCUGGUGGACCUGGUGGCGAGUAUGCUGGUCAGCCCAGCCCCGGCGGUUCGCCCCGUCUCGCCCCUGCGCAGAUGCCUCCUGGAGGACCUCCCGGCGAAGGACCCCGCCAGCUCGCCCAGCCUGGUGGCCGCUUGCCCGCUCCUCCUGGCGACUUCCCUCCCCGCGGCGCAGCUGCUGGCGGUCCCGGCGGUGGCCCUCCCUCGCCUGGCGCCGGCCCCUUCCGCGGCGGCAUUGCUCCUCCCCCGCUCAACCACGUUGCUUCCGAUCUUUGA